AUGGACGAAUACAAACUCAUGAUCGAAGAGAAGAAGAGGCUCAUGAGGGAAAAUAAUGAGCUUCAUCAAAUGAUGAUUAAACGAGAAGAAACUUACAGGAAUCAAUCUCAACAGCUUAUGGAACAAAUACGAAACCUUCAACAACAAAAUCAAAACAUUUUGUUCGCAAAACAACAAGUGGAGGCUCGGAAUAUGGAAAUUGAACAAACGUGUGAUGAUUUGAAGGAACGAUUGGAGAAUUAUUUAGCUAAAACCAAUGUAUGGUAUUCUCAUUCGGGAACAUCAAACAAGGAGACAGACUCAGCAUAUCGACGUGAAAGAAUAGAAAGCAAAUUCUCAGAAUAUUUGAGACAAGUGGAGAUGCCUCAAUUCCAAACUAAUGGAGUAAAAGCUCAAAUGUUGGAUCUUAUGAAGAUUACCGAGACACAGAACGAGCAGUUGCGAAAGGAAAACGAAAAACUAAACCUUGCUUUACAACAAAUACAAGAAACAAAAGUAAAUCAACUAACUCAAGAAAAUGAUAGAUUAAUGAGAGAAAUAGACCGAUUAACAAAACUAGUGAACGAACGAGGUGGAAGGUCUGUCGAAGUCAUCAAAUCAGAGAGAGAAUACGAAUCGGGAAUGAAUACAAUCGAAAACUUAACGGAGCAAAUUGAAUUUUUGAGGUCACAAUUAGAGACAGCCCACGACAUUCGGAUGGAAAAUGAAAAGGUCAUGAAACUUGAAAAAGAGAAUAAGGAUUUGCGAAAUCAAAUUAAUCAACUCACGUCAGAGCGAAACACAUUGCUUCAAGAUCUAGGUGAAACUAAGAGAAGCUUUGUGGAUAUUAGCAAACACACGAGACAGCACGAUGAAGCAGUCCAAUCAUUAAAAGACCAGCUCACCCAAGCUCAACAAACCAUUGCACAAAAGGAAGGAGACAUUUCCAAAUUGAAAAUAUUGGCCAAGAAUCUUAGCAACACUAUCGACUCUUUGCAACAAGAGAUUCAAAAACUCAAUACAAGAACUAAUGAGGCCACUUCUUUGGAGCAAGAGCAACGACUAAAAAUUUCAAGCCUCGAAAAGACGAUAUCGCAACAUGAAGAGCAUAUUGGAAAGCUUCGAAACAUUAUCAAAGACAUGGAUGCUAACAAAGACUCUCUAAGUAUGGAACUCGACGAAAAGGAUGAGCAAAUUUCGUCGCUCCAAAAGAAAUUAUCUGAAAUCACUAACGAGCUUGCAGAAUUCAAAGCCAAAUCUAAUCAACUAGAUCUAACUGUUCAACAACAAUUACAACAACUCAAAGAGAAGGAAAGAGCUGUAAAUAACAUGAAGGAACAAGCAGAAAUCCUUCAGAAAGAAUAUAACAGGAUCAAAACAGAUUUUGAAUUUAAAUCGAAAGAGAUUGUCCAUGCAGGAGAAGAUAUCAAGCAAAUAACUGGAGAGAACCAAUACCUUCACGAGCAAUUAAAUAAGGUCGUCGAGGAACGAGACAAAUUACGAUUGAAACUAGAGGAGGUGACCUCAGAAUUUGUAAAUAUGGAACAUCGAUUGAAAGCAAAAGAUCACGAGCUUGAAGAUAUUUUAUUCAAUUACAAAUCUCUCAAUAAGGAGCAUUUAAUGAUGAAAGACAAGUUCGAAGAAUUAUCUCGAGAGUUGGGUGAUGCUAGAACGAAAUUAGACCUUAAAAACAAUGAAAUGGUCCAUUUGUCAAAUAGGUCCAAAAAACUAGAUGAUGAAAAUCAAAAAUUCCUGAUCCAAUUGAAAAAUGCACAACAACAAAUCGAUCAACUCUCUUCCCAACUUCAUGCCAAAACUGUUUCUCUUGUAGAGCUUGAUCGAGAGAAGGAAAUGUUGCUAAAAAAACUCUCUACUGCUCAACAUGUGACCAUUGACUUGCAAGAUUUAAACACAACCAUGAGAAGACAAGUUGGAGUGUUGCAGACCGAGAAUGAACACUACAAGAAGCAACUCUCAGAACUUCAACUCACAAAGGAACAAUUAGCCAAAGCUCUCUCUAACGAACAAGUGAAACGAACUCAAAAUGCGGAAACAGAGAAACGGAUCAUGGAAAUGGAUCACGAAAUACAUCUUCUAAGGAAACGUUUGGAAGAAAAAAGAACAGCUUCUACUUCAUGA